CGAGAGAAUACGAAGCACAGAGAUCUGACAGUUUCUUCUCGUCUCCUGAUCGUUGAGGGCGACGGAGCCCUUCCCAUGGCGGAAUCGAACUGAAGAACUGAGCUAGAUUUAAGGGACACUUUAAGAUCCGUGUCUCUUGUUUACAGCACCUCUGCUUUUCUCCUUUCCUCUCUCGCUCGCGCGCUACAAUUCCCAAGACCCGCACCAUCGCAGGACGGUUUGUCUCCUGCGCAGAGAGAGAGAGUGAGAGAGAAAGAGAGAGAUUUAGAUUAGUUCAGCUUCAACAUGGGAAGGCCUUGCUCAUGCUUCCAAUUAGUCACAUGUGGUAGCGAUUCAAAGGAUGCAGAUGAGAUCGAUGUACAUCAGAAUAAGGAUUCUAAAGUUAAACGAGGCUGGAGUUUCAGUAAGAGAUCUUCCCAGCAUCGCGUGCUAAACAACACUGUGAUCGCAGAAACUCCUAUAGAGAAGGAGAAUCUUGAAACUGCGACCAUCGACUUUCAAUCAUCAGCUAAUUCCACUGUUCCAGAGAAACCCGCUAUUAUACACUUCACAAAUGAGGAGGCCUGUGUGCCUAACAUCGAGACUCCUAAAGGAUCUGAUAAGGUAGAUGUUGCAUCCGAAAAUGAAAGUAAGGUUGAUAGCAAGGUUGAGAAUCCUAAAGGAUCAGAUAAGGUGGAUGUUGAAUCGGAAUACGAGAGUAAGGUUGACAGUGAGGUUAAGGAGUCCAUUGUUAUUGUCAUCCAGGCUGGUAUCAGGGGGAUCUUGGCACACAGAGAGCUGAUUAAACUUAAGAAUGUAGUAAAGGUGCAGGCAGCUGUUCGUGGGUUCUUGGUGAGGAGACAUGCUGUGGGAACACUCCGCUGUGCUCAAGCCAUUAUCAAAAUGCAAGCUAUUGUUCGGGCUCGUCGUGGUCAUCUCUCUCGUGUGAGAUCAGCUCAAGAUGAGCUGUACAAGGAGAUUGAGAAGGAAAAUCCCGAUUCAAAGAUUGCGGUGAAGGGAGAGAUGACAAAAUCCAAUUCGAGAUAUAUUUCAAUUGGAAAGCUACUUACCAAUAGUUUUGCUCGGCAGUUGUUGGAGUCAACACCAAGGAACAAACCGAUCAAUAUCAAAUGCGUCCCUUCCAAAAAUGAUUCUGCUUGGAGAUGGUUGGAGCGCUGGUUGGCUGUUUCAUCAUUGGAGGUCUUGGUGUCGGCGAAAGAAGUAUCAGCCACUGAGGAGCCAAAGAAAGAAGAAUCUGACACUGGGCAAAUGGAAAGAGAAACUGAGGAGCCAAAGAAAGAAGAAUCUGACACUGAGCAAAUGCAAAGAGAAAUUGAUGAGUCUCAUGUUGAAGAUGGAAUCGAAUCAAAAGUUUUGAAUGAAACAGAAGAUUUGAACUCCAACUCCAUUAAAUCAGUUUCAAAAGAGACAUCAUUAUCAGUAAGAGAGAAUCUGGAGCAGCCUCAGCCUGAGAACGCUAGAACAUCUGAAUCAAAAGAGACAUCAGCUAAGGUCAAUGCUGUACAAGAUCAGAAAACACAGUUGGAUGAUGCAAGUUUGCGAACAGAGUCGAGCUCCUUUUCCGAUAAACUUCCGAUGAACAUGGAACAAGUCAAUCCUCUGAAAAGAUUAGCCCCUCAAAAACUGGAGAACGAGAGUAAGAAAUUUAUGCUUGGAUCAAGAAAGGUGAGCAAUCCCUCAUUUAUCAAUGCCCAGGCAAAAUUCGAACGGUUGAGUUCGGCACCGGUUUCAGUUGGAACUAUUAGUUCAAUGCAUCAAAAGGAUGGAAUCAAACCUCAUUCAGAAGCAGUAUCAUCUAGAACAGAUACUGUACAGAGGACGAAGGAGCCAAGUUCAGAUGAAAAUUCUGUCCUUCCUGGAUCUAGAAUAAUUCAAGUUGGUGGCUCUGAAUGUAGCACCGAGCUCUCUAUUUCGUCAACCCUCGAUUCACCUGAUAGAUCUGAAGCAGGACUCGCAGAUCCACAUGCAAAUGUUGUUUCAAAGAAAGGCGUUCAAGAUCCUAGCAAUGAUCUAAUCCCGGAAGUUAUAGUCAAAGGUUCUACUGCUCUUGUGGAUCAACCAAAAGAAGCUAAUGAAUCUAACGGUCCAUCUGUCGCUUCAGUAGCUGUCGUAGACUCUGUACUAAGCAAGUCAAAGCCAGAGAGAAGUUCAGAUGAACAGAGAGAACAGGAGGCUGAUACGGGUCAUGCUCAGCAAACAUAUAUCGCAUCUCCAGUAGCUUCACCAAGAAGCCAUUUAACUGUUCCAGACUCCCAUGGAACACCGUCUAGUCAGGUGUCAAUGAAGUCUAAACGGGGUAAAACUGAUAAAACAGUCUCCUUCCAAAAACAAAAAUCUUCAUCAGCAGGAAAGCAAUCACCAUCCAGUCUCAAUCGAAAUUCUGCCACGAGUAGUACCGAAAAUUCUUGCAAAGAUCAGAAAACUUGGAAGAGAAGAAAUUCGUUUGAUUCAGCACGACACGAAAAUUUUGAAAAGGAAUUGAAAGCCAGCAGUAGCAGUAACUCUCUUCCUCACUUCAUGCAAGCCACUGAAUCUGCUAGAGCCAAGCUCCAUUCAACCAACUCUCCCAGAUCAAGCCCGGAUGUUCAAGAUAGAGAAAUCAAGAAAAGGCAUUCCUUACCUGCUGAAGGCCGGCAAGGGUCUCCACGCGUUCAGCAGCCAACAUCUCGAACCCCGCAGGGAGCGAAGGGAAAUGAGAAAAUGUGGCGAAGGUAAGCAGGUUGGAUUAUAAUAUAUUGCAAGGAGACAAAGUUGACCUCAAUGUGUGCAGCAGCAGCAGCUAAUCUGUGAUCUACAUUUUCAUGACGCAUAGCUAAUCAUGGGUUUGCCCCCCAUGAAAGAAAGAUGUGUAAAUUACUAUUCCUCUCUAAUUGUUUGUUGCCUAUAUCUCUCCAUUUCUUCCCCCUUCCCUUUUCAAAUUUUUUUCCAUCAUCUGUUUGUAAUUUACAAGUUGUGGCCAUUGUGCGCUUGAUAUCUAGUAGGGGUUUGUGACAAAUGGUUUUGCUUGUGCAUGUGUUUGAGGUUACUACAAUGUGAUGAAGAGAUUUAAAGGAUAUCUUUUACCUUUUUUCCCC